GCGUGCGCACAGAUCGCAGUCCAAUGAAAAGUCGUUUGAAAUUUUAAAUCUCACCGAGCGCUCGGUCACAGGCAGUCACUCGGUUAACGUUAAUGGAGUAACGAUGACGGAGGAAUCCGCCGUUAAAGUUUGCGUUAGGGUCAGACCUCUCAUUAAAAGAGAGGAGUCUGAGAGCUCGGAGCUAGUGCAGCUCUACUGGAGAGCCGACGAGCAGGCCAUCCAUCAGCUGGAUGAUGACGGAGCUCAAACCAAGAGCUACAGCUUCGACCGUGUGUUCAGCGCUGAAGAGACCACCGCUCAGCUCUAUCAGGACAUCGCAAAGCCGCUGGUCGUGUCUGCAGUUGAAGGCUACAACGGCACAAUAUUUGCCUACGGACAGACGUCUUCCGGAAAGACCUUCACCAUGAUGGGAAGCGAGCGUAACCCUGGAGUGAUUCCUCUCGCUAUGGCUGACGUCUUCAAAACCAUUAAAAAUUGUCCAAAGAAAGAGUUUCUGCUGCGUGUGAGCUACAUGGAAAUCUACAAUGAAACGGUCACAGAUUUGCUCUGCGAGAGCUGGAAGAGAAAACCUCUGGAAAUUCGUGAAGGAAACUACAAAAACGUGUACGUGGCCGAUCUGACGGAGGAGCUGGUGACGUCUCCAGAACAAGCCCUGUCCUGGAUCACCAAAGGAGAAAAAAACCGACAUUAUGGAAAAACAAAAAUGAACCAGCGUAGCAGCCGCUCUCACACCAUCUUUCGCAUGAUCUUGGAGAGCCGUGAGAGAAGUGACCCGGCGUCCGGUGAAAACGCUGAUGGAGCCAUCAUAGUGUCUCAUCUGAACCUGGUGGAUCUCGCUGGCGCUGAGCGGGCGAGUCAGACGGGAGCUGAGGGAGCUCGCCUUAAAGAAGGGUGCAACAUAAACCGCAGUUUGUUCACACUGGGUCAAGUCAUCAAGAAAUUAUCUGAUGAGAGUCAAAAGGGCUUCUUGAAUUACAGAGACAGUAAACUCACCCGAAUCCUUCAGAACUCUUUGGGUGGCAAUGCCAAAACGGUCAUUAUUUGCACCAUCACCCCAGCCACCGUCGACGAGACCGUCAGCACUUUACAGUUUGCUAGUGCUGCAAAGCGCAUGAAGAACGACCCUCACGUCACGGAGGUCUCUGAUGAAGGCGCUCUCUUGAGAAGAUACCGCAAUGAGAUCGUCGAUCUCAAACGACGUCUGCAGGAGGUUUCCUCUGUCACACAAACUACUGCGACCGAGCGAGAGUCUCUGUGUCAGAUUCUGCAGGAGAAAGACCAGCUCCAGAGAGAGCAGGAGGACAGGAUCAAGAACUUAACCAAGCUACUUGUUACUGCCUCAAACGUCGCUGUAGUCCCUAAGGUUCCCAAGAGGAGAGUGACGUGGGCUGGGAAACUGCUGAGAUCUGCUCAUCUCAUGAAUGAAGAUCUGGCCUCGACGGACAUGAGCUUCGCUGAGCCGUACAUCAAAAAGAGAAGAGCUGAUUGUUCUCUGCCUGAUGAGGGAGAGGAUAUGUAUGAGUUUGACAGUCGGUUUGACUUCACUGCUAUGGAGGAACCCGACAUGGAGAUGAGCAGCAUCGCUGUCCGCAGCUCCUCUGAAGGGAGUCAUUUCCUAGAUUCGCCCCAAGCGAGCGAGCAGAUGUUGAAGGUGGCGUCUCUAGAGCGUCAGCUGGAGGCAGAGACUCAGAGCAAACAGAGAGCAGAGGAGAUGAGCGCUGAACUCCAGCUGAAGAUCUCUGAGCUGCAGGAGAAGCUGGAAGCCCAAGCUGCGCCAUCAGUGGAGGAGAAGAGCGUGUCUGAGCUGGAGAAAGAGAUGGAGGCGCUGCGGAGUCGACUAGAGACGGAGGUUCAGGAGAGACAGAAGGCUGAGGAGAACAGCUCCUCGCUGGAGCUGAAGGUGGCAGAGCUGGAGAAACCUUCAGAAGCUCUCCUGCGCUCACAGCACAUGUGUGAACAGCUGAGAAAAGAUCUGGAAGAGGUCAUUCAGCUCUGUGAGACUCUCGGAUUUGAGAAAGAUGCUGUCAUUGCUGAGCGAGACCUGGUCAAACACACGCUUCAGCUGGUGAAUGAAGAUCUGGAGAGUCUGAAGGCAGAGAAAGACUCGCUUCAGAAAGAUAAAGACACUCUGCAGAAGGACAUCGACGAGAGGAAAGAUGCAGAUGAGUUUGAGAAACUGGAGCAGGAGAGCAAGAGAGAGUAUGAGAGAGAACUGGAGUCUGAAAACUCCAAACUGCAGCAGGAUUUAAAACAAUCGGAAGACAUGAUCCAAAAGCUGAAGGCUGAGCUGGUGACGAUAUCAUCAGAGCUUCAGAAGAAGAGAGACCUGACCACUGAGCUACAGAGUUUUAGUGACAAGGAUCUUGUUCAGGAAGUGACACGUCUGCGGCGCUCUCUUGAUGAUGCCGAGUGUCUCAGUUUGGAGACCAAGAAAGAAUGGGCCUUCCUGCGGAGCGAGAACAUCUCGCUUAAAGAGAGAGACGCAAACCUGACUACAGACCAUGAGAAGAUGGAAGCUGAGGUGAAGAUGCUUCAGGGCAAGCUAGAGCAGGAGAAGUCUCGCUUCAAGAAGAUGCAAGCGGAUCUUCAAAAAGAACUAAUGGGCACCUUCGACGAGAACACCAAACUGACCGCUCUGCUGGACGGAAAAGUGCCAAAAAAUCUGACCGAUAAUCUUGUGUUGGAGAAAACGGUGUGUGACUUGCGUAAGGAGCUUGUUCAGAGUCACGAGAGGGAGCGAUGUCUGCAGAGUAAGAUGGAGGAGAUGGAGUCUCUUCCUGUGAAAGUGGAUGAAUUACAGAGACAGGUGUGCGGUCUGUCAGAAGAGCUGCGUUCUGUUCGAGAGGAGAGAGACGCUUUGAUAUCCGCUCAGUCCAGUUUGAAAGAAGAUCAUGAGAGACUGAAAGACGAGGCGACUAAAGCUCAGGAUCAGCUGCUGAAGAUGGAGAGCGAUCUGGUUGACGCUCAGCUGAAGGAAGCAGAACUGAGCCAACAGCUCACAGAGACAUCAGAACGUCUCCAGAACCUCCAGACGGAUCUCCAGCGCGUCUCGCAGGAGAACAGCACACUGCUCACAUCAUCCGAGGAGGCCACACAGAAGUCGGUGCAGCUGAGCGCAGAGCUGGAGUCUGUCCGCGCCGAGAGAGAUGUGCUUCUGUCUGAGAAGACGGAGGACGUUCAGAGCGACCCGGAUGAGAUGGAGAACCUGCGCCGCACCGUCAGCUCAAUAACUGAAGAGCGAGAGCAGCUCCAGGAGAUUCUGCAGGGCCUCAGAGACCAGAGAGACCAGCUCAAGAGGGACAUGGAGGAAAAUGUGGAGAUGAUGAUUGAGACUCAAGCAGAACUCAGAGAUUCUCAGGAGAAGGUGAAGGAACUUCAGGGAAAACUACACAACCUGGAGUCACAGAGAGUUCAGAUGGUCGACCAACAUGAGGACCAGAAGAGCUGUGAAGAUGGACAGCUGGACAAACUACAAGAUCAGAUAAAGCAGUUAACAGAAGAGCUCAGUGCUGCUGUUGGUGAGAAGGAGCGUCUGCUGUCUGAGAGAUCGGACCGUCAUGACGUGACGGAGAAGAUGAAAGCAGAUGUCACAUCUUUAACAGAAGAGAGAGAUCAGCUUCAGGAGAGACUACAGCAGCUGGAGAGGGACAAUAUUCAGAUCAAAACACAUCUGGAAGAGAAAAAUGAGACGUUACAAGAAAAGCAGCAGCAUUUGCACCAAGAACAAGAAGAUUCCGGUGAGGAGAACCACUCUCAGCUUCAGCAGAUCCAGACACUAAAGGAAGAGCUUGAGACUUUAUUAGAGCAGAGAAACCAGCUGACCUUGAACCUUCAAGAGACAUCUCAACAGGUGUGCGGUCUGUCAGAAGAGCUGCGUUCUGUUCGAGAGGAGAGAGACGCUUUGAUAUCCGCUCAGUCCAGUUUGAAAGAAGAUCAUGAGAGACUGAAAGACGAGGCGACUAAAGCUCAGGAUCAGCUGCUGAAGAUGGAGAGCGAUCUGGUUGACGCUCAGCUGAAGGAAGCAGAACUGAGCCAACAGCUCACAGAGACAUCAGAACGUCUCCAGAACCUCCGGACGGAUCUCCAGCGCGUCUCGCAGGAGAACAGCACACUGCUCACAUCAUCCGAGGAGGCCACACAGAAGUCGGUGCAGCUGAGCGCAGAGCUGGAGUCUGUCCGCGCCGAGAGAGAUGUGCUUCUGUCUGAGAAGACGGAGGACGUUCAGAGCGACCCGGAUGAGAUGGAGAACCUGCGCCGCACCGUCAGCUCAAUAACUGAAGAGCGAGAGCAGCUCCAGGAGAUUCUGCAGGGCCUCAGAGACCAGAGAGACCAGCUCAAGAGGGACCUUGAAGACACUAAUGGGAUGCUUAUGCAGGCUCAGCAGGAACGCGGCGGCCCACAGACACACACACAGCAUGAUGAACUCCUCCAGCAGAUGCAGCAGCUUAAAGAGGAGCUGGACGCUGUGAAUCAGGAGAAGAACCAGUUAAAAUCUGAUCUACAGGAGAAUGUCGAAAUGAUGAUUGAAAAUCAAGAGGAGUUGAGAGGAGCUCUUGAGAAGGUGAAAAACCUCCAGAAUGCUGUACAAGAGCUGGACUCUCAGCGAACGCUCCUGCAGUCUAAACUCCAGGACUCUGAAAACACAUCACAGCUUCAGAUGAAGCAGCUGAGAGAGGAGUUGGAGAGUGUGUGCUGUGAGCGAGAGCGUCUGCUGUCUGAGCGCUCCGUGAACACACUCGAUGACACCGAGAUGAUGGAGCAGAUGAAGGCCAGCAUCAGCUCUCUGACGGAGGAGCGAGACCAGCUCCAUCAGACACUGCAGAGCCUCAGAGACGAGGUGGAGCAGCUGAGGACGGAGCAGCAGGAGAGAGACCAGACGCUGGUCCAGGUGCGAGAGCAGCUCCAGACGGCCUGUGCCGAGAGAGACCGCCUGCUGUCUGAGAAGAGCCAGAGCGAUCUGGAGAACACGCUUCUAGAGGAGGUGCAGAGCAGCCUGAUCUCUGUCACUGAGGAGAGAGAGCAGCUCCUGGAGAUCCUGAAGGCCAACAGAGAGGAGAAGAACCAGCUGAGGAGAGACCUGGAGGAGAAGGAAGACACUUUGCUGCAGCUACGAGAAGAGCUUGAGUCGUCCUCUGCAGAGAGAGAGCGGCUGCUUUCUGAGAGAACCGGAGAGCAGCCGGAGAAGCUGGCAGAGAUGAAGACGGCUGAAGCUGACAUCACCGCUCUGACUCGAGAGAGAGAUCGUCUGCUGGAGACGCUGCAGAGCGUGAGAGACGAGAGAGAGCAGCUAAAGAGAGAGCAGCAGGAGAAGACCGAGACGAUGGUGCAGUUGAGACAGGAGCUGCAGUCAGUUUGUGCCGAGAGAGAGCGUCUGCUGAUGGAGAGAGACGCUGCGUGUAAUCAGUCCAGCUCUUCUCUGAGCGAGGGAGGAGACCUUCAGGAGAUCCUGCAGGGUGUUCGAGAGCUGAUCCAGGUCCAAGGAGAGCUCAAACAGAAGAAGCAUCGGGUGUCUGGUCAGCUGAGUCCCACAGAGAAGCAGAAAGCUCAACUUGAGAAGGUUCAAGCGCUGACGGAGGAGAUGGAGUCUCUGAGGAAUCAGAGGGUGGUGCUCAGGAAAGAGCUUCAGGAGGCAGCUGCGACUUCUAAAAUGUAUCAGGACUUACUGCACAUUACUAAAGAGGAACUGAAGCAACAGCAGAAGGAGAACGCAGAUCUGAUGGAGCAGAGUGCUGUGAAAGAGUCUCAGCUUCAGCAGCAGCUGAGUCAAAUGAGUGAAGAUCUCUUAGCUUUACGAGACACAGGCAUCCAAAACCUCCAAUCAAACCUCAGCUCACUUGCAAACGAGAGAGAUGAACUGCAGAACACGCUGAAGAGAGACAGAGAAGAGGGAGAAGAACUGAGACUGGGUCUUCAGAAGAGCGAGGAGACGAGAAAGCAGCUGACAGAGGAGCUGGCGUCUCUCGCUGGCUUGAAGGAUCAGCUGGAGAAUGAGAAGACCCGUGCUGAGCAGGUGCUCGAGUCUUUAAGAGACGCCACGAAACAGAGGGAUCAGCUCAAACGAGAACUGGAGGGAAAGAUGGAGAAGCUGGCACACGUUGAAUCAAAAGCAGAGCAGCUGCAAAAGCAGAAGAUCUUCCUGGAAUCUGAAGUCCAUUCCCUCAGUCAGUCUCUCACUGAGGUGAACUGCAGCGUGUCUUCUGAUCAGAGUAACCUGCCGUCCAAACACCCAUCUGCACAUCUGAUUCCUGGGAUUGAGGCGUCUGGUGAGAAACUGCAGGCGGCCUUUGCGACGCUCCAGCUGAUCAUUGACCGUCCCACUGAUGCUUUAGCGGACACAAACCGUGAAGAAUGGGCCGUGAUCUAUCAGCUGCUGCAGAUUAUUCCAAAGGAUCAGAGAACGGUCGUCGUUACACACACCAAGAAAACAACCAGACUGAACCAUGUGCUGAUCAAGAUUGUGGAGGCUUACAGGAGACUGGCGCAGCGCUAUAAGACUCACUUUGAGACGCAGGUGCAGCGUGACGUGGCCUCGUUUGAGGAGUCUCGUCUGCAGGACCUGCUCACGCUCGCGGCUCAGUCUCCGUCACAGUCGUUCCGAUCGCUCCAGGAGGACUUCCAGCAGGUCUGGGAUCAGAGACUGACACUUCUGUUGGAAAGAUGGCAGCAUUACCUGCAGAUGCUGGAGGCUGGUCUAAGGGUUCUGGAGGACGGUUUGGCCAAACACGCAGUGAUGGUGUCGGAGGAGCAUCAGCACAGGAUCCGUGAGCUGGAGGAGCUCAGAUCUCUGCUCGGAUCUCCUCACGCCACUGCUAUCAUACAGCUGCUCGAGCAACAAAUCACUCGCCGCUCCAAAGCGACCGAGCAUCUGAGCACGCUUUAUUUUGCUCUGUUGAAUCGAUGCGAAUCUGCGCGCUCCCCGCUCAUAUCUGCCUCUGCCGAGUCUGAGCAGCAGCUCGAGGAUCAGAGGAGACAGACUUUAACUCUGCUUCAAGCCCAACACGGCACCCUGCCCAAAACUGAGGCUGAACUUCUGCAGGAUAAUCAGCGAGUGUCACUGCAGCUGCAGCAAACACAGAAACAGAUGGAGGAGAUUCAGGAGCAGAUGAAGGAGCUGAAGGUCCAAGCUGAUGCCUCAAAUCUUCAGCUCCAGGAGCUCAGUGACCAACUGAAGGAGAAGAAAGCCCUGAUCAAGAGCUUGAAAGACAAACUUAAAGAGUCAGAGGUUCUGGCUAAGAGGAGCAUGACACCAGAAGCUGCUGAACUCGCCGCUCUCAAAGACAAACUUGUCAAAAUGGAGCUGGAUCACAUCGCCACCACGAGUCAUGAGAAGGAAGUUGCACAGAUGACCUCUGUGUUGGAGCACAGAGCCGACGUCAUCCGCAAGCUGAAAGAGACCCUGAGGAAAAUGCAACAGGAUGAUGAACAGUCAUUCAUAGACGGUGAUGAGUUUGACCUUAAAUUGUGCUCAAGCACCAGAGCGGUCACGUCCCUCAAAGAGAAGAAGAUGGAGGAGCUGCAGAAGAAGAACGUUCAGUUUGAGAGUCUGGUGAGCAAGCAGCAGGAGGAAAUCAACAAAUGGAAGCGGAGAGCGUACAAGAUGAAGGAGAGCAAGCGAGACGCUCCAUGCACGCCAACCAAACGCCUUCCUCCUCUGACAGAGACGGAGCUCAACUCGCCGAAGACGUUCCUGGACUCGCCCAAGAGCAAGUUCUUUGACGUACGCUCCAGCGUUCCUGUCCCUCUCAGCCAUCCCACACAGUUCUUCGAUAACUCCAGCCUCGGGACGGUGCCAGAGGAUUCCUGUACUCCGGCCGAGCCCGGCGUGGAUUCUUCAGACAGCGAUGAAGAGGGUUCCAGCUCCAGCGUGGCAUCAAAUGCAGCACCAGUGAAAGACUGGUGGCAGAUUCCUAACUCUUCCCCAGCAAAGCCUGAUGCUGGCAGCAAUGCUAACGCAUGCCCAACGCAGUAAUUGCUGUUGUUUGUCUGUCUUUUUCUCGUAUGUUUGUUGACUCUUUUCUGUUUUUUUUUUUCUGUAAAUAAAGUCAGUCUUUAAAAUGCUAAUGUGUUUUGUUGA